AUGCAAGAUAGAGAACACGAUACAUUCAUACAGCCCCUGUGUGACAUGCAUCAAGAUGGGGACCAGGCGGGGGAAAUAUUCAAUGAGAGCGACAAAGCUGUGUGCUGGCUAGUAUUAGAGGCAUUAAGUUUUAAACACGGGAUCCAGUGGAUGCGCGGAGGUACACACUUGAAGACUGUGCAACCUAGAAAACAGGGAGAUCAGACCGUGAUGCCAUAUAUGAAAUGUAUUCUGACAAAUAUAUUUAUGAAAAGAAUAAUAGGAGAAACAUGUUUGAGAACGGGUGGUGGCACGCAAGCAUUUCUCGCAGCGCAGGAUUUGGUAAGGAAAGGACAAGAACGGGAGCCUAAUAUGGCAUGUGAGGAGGCGGACAGGAAGGAUGGUACCAAGAAAAAAGGAGAAAACACCGAAGAUUGGAAUUUAUUGACCAUAAUGGACAGAUGGCUUGACAGGAAUAAGGGAUACUUGAGGGAUGGCGAGGUAGGAGUAUUGGGGCCGGAUUGUACGGUAGAAAGAAACAAGAGUGCACUAGAAAUAAAGGAAGAAGCGACUAAAAAAAUUGAGGAACUGGGUAAAGAAAUAGAAGAGGACAUACAGAGUAUAUUGAAGGAAAUAAAUGAUGCGGGGGACAGUAGGAGUAUGGACGAUAUAUUGAAGAGGGUGCAGCAAGGCACGCACUCGUCUUCGACGGCUCCAAAAGUUAAAAACGACGUAGUACGUCCACCACCGCCUCGAGAAACCAGCGCACCAUCAACACAGGCACCAUAUGCACCAAAGGUAAAUGGAUCAGGGAAAUCAGGUGGAUCAACAGGGACAGAUGGCAAAACAGGUGCGGACAACCAGUCUCGGAAGGAUAAAGCAGGUAAGGAUGCAUGCACAGAUGACAAUUCACACAAGGCAGCAGUCACUAUACCAACCCGCGAGGGUUCGCGUGUUAGUGUUACACCAGUUGAAUACACUUAUGAAGGGAAAACUAACUGCGAACUUAUUAGAGAAUUAGAGCGUACACAAAAGAACUCGGGACCAACUCCUGGCACUGUAGGAACACCAGGGGGCACCAGUAGGGACAUUUCGGCAGAGGAUACUGACCCGAGUAGAGAUGAUAAGACUCCUGGAGAAGCUCAGCCUCAACUUGACUCCAAGGAAGAGAAAGCACAGAUUACGAAUGCCAUUACUACCAAUGAAGCAGAUUCUGAAGACGGUGAACCGCGUAAAUCUGAAGUUUCUCCCCAACCUAGUAAUGCACAUCAGGACAAACCAACAGGGGAUACCACAAGGGAUACUGCAGACACACAAUCUGCAAAGGAUUCCUCCAGCUCUUGGAUCUUUGACUUUGAUCCUGACCCCUUGAAAUCCAUCAGUAAUCGGUCUCCUGAUUAUAACGCCAUUGGUGGUGGUACAUACCAGCCGCAUUAUACCCCUUUAUGGGGAAUAGAUAUGGAACCCUCACCAAGACCAUCCUCCUGUGCCAAACGGGGUGAUGGGGAAAGUGGUACACAGAAUGGAUGGAAUGGAUAUGGCGGUGGCGUAAAUUGUGCUGCCGCUCCUUAUGAUAAGAGGUGUGAUCUUAAACUAACAAUACCAUUUGAUGCAAAAGGCAGGGACAUAGGAGGACACUACGGAACAGGUCCCACACCCGAUCCACAUGAUACAAGCUCCAGUACACGUAAGGAGGACGUGCCCCUCGAUGUCCAUGACCUAACGAACGCCGUCCUUACCGCCACUGCUCCCAUACUGUUCUUCCUGUCCGCCGUCACCGUCGCCCUCCUUGGGUAUUCCCUCUGGAAGUACUUUGCGUACCUCGCCAAACGACGACGAACAUAUCGAACCGUUCGUGACGUGCCGUCACCGCCACUCGACGAAGAAAUAUUGCAACAUCUACAACGCGGCGAGCCGCCACGCGAUUACGGGUACACCUUGAUUAGGGAUAGGCGCGCUGCGUCCACAUGCGCCCGACGACGACGUCAUCCACGCGCGCAUAAGCGCACGAUCAUCGAACUACAUCUAGAAGUGCUGCACGAAUGUGAAGCAACCGAGUGGGAAAACGUCAAAGAGGACUAUUGGAAGAUUGUAGUGGAGCAGUUUGCACAGGAGUUGAUGCGGGAUUUGAUGCGGGACGACCACAGGAAUAACAAUAUCUUGGGUGUCUCUACCUCAGACCACGGUUCUUCACCCAGCAUUGUUUCCUCCACCUUGCAUCCAUCCACUGACUCCGCACAAACGGACCCUUGUCCACCACAUGACCCCGAUCCAUGGAGUUGUAUGAAAAACAUACAGUUAGCAAUGGACCCUUCUGCACCUAACGCAGAGCACCCCGAUCCAUGGAGUUGUAUGGAAACCAUACACAUACCCACGGCACCUGGUCCACCUAAUGCCUGCGAUUCAUGCAGUUGUAUGGAAACCAUACAGUUAGCAACGCACCCUUGUCGACCUAACGAACAUGAUCCAUGGAGUUGUAUGGAAAACAUACAGUUAGCAACGGACCCUUGUGCACCUGACGAAGAUGAUCCCUGGAGUUGUAUGGAAAACAUACAGUUAGAAAGGGACCGUUGUCCACCGAAUGAAGAGGACCCCGAUGCAUGGAGUUGUAUGGACACCAUACAUUUAGAUACAGAACCCGACCCGCACUCCUCCCCGCGGCAUGAAUGCCCGAUCCCCGACGACAUUAAUUGGAUUAACUGGAUUGACCGCAACAAACAUAUUGUGCGGGCGUGCACGACGCAGCCGUGGUUUUUGCAAUUAAAAGCGGAAUGGAAACAACAUCUGCAUCAACAUUGGACAGAUGAGGUAUCCGGGCACAGGGAAUUAGGUGACCCCGGUAAUAUCCCAUCCACAGAAAUGAAGAAACUGCGGUUGUGGAAUGAAUGGGUCGCAACCCAACAUCGGCAACUGCGUAUGCAUAAGGCGGAGUGGUUUCAACAUUUGUUGAAUACUGUACAGGAGGAGACAGUGUCGGAAAAAGGCGCGGUACCUGCAGUGGAAAACGACUUAGAAGUCGACACAGUAAUGGGAACAGAACAUAUACCGAUAGUGAGAGAUGUACCGCGGUCGCAACCAAUGCAUCAGCACCUGUACAUGAACAAGCCGUUAACCGCUAAAAUAUGCAUACUGCUCCUGGCAUUAGUCAUAGAACAGUGCGAGGUCGAACGCAGUUUGCAGGAGCAGCAGUUGUAUGUAGAUGACCUAUUGCAAAAGUGUUCACAUUAG